CCGGUCUCUGGAUGGGUCUUAGACCGCGGUUUACUAUAUGAACAAAGUUUAAGUGCAACUGAGUAAAGACUCCUUCAACCAAGGAAUCAGGAUUCAGCAUUCAAGCCAUUCAGAGGCUGCUAAACGAUUGGAUGUAAGCACUGCGGUUCCUACCAUGGAGAAGCUGGAGAGAAACCAUCCAAACAGGCAAGUGAUACCUUUUCUUCUCAUGCUCUUUUGGGGUCAGGUUCUAAUGGUGCCUCCUCGGUACACUAUCCUGGAAGAAACAGAACGUGGCUCCUUUGUAGCCCAUCUGGCCAAGGACCUGGGCCUGAGACUUGAGGAGCUGGCUGCCCGGUCUGCACAGGUGGUGUCUGACUAUGACAAACAGCAAUUGAUUUUGGAUCCUGAGACUGGAGAUUUGCUUCUGAGGGAGAAACUAGAUCGGGAAGAGCUGUGUGGCUCUGUGGAUCCUUGUGUGCUGCAUUUCCAGGUGUUCAUAGAAAACCCAGUGCAAUUUUUUCAAGGAGAAUUAUUGAUCCAGGACAUAAAUGAUCAUUCUCCAGAAUUCCCAGAUACGGAAAUGCUCUUGAAAAUUCGAGAAAACAGCCAGCCAGGCACACAGUUUUCAUUAAAAUUAGCCCAGGAUUUGGAUGUAGGCAGCAAUGGGAUUCAACAAUACAGAGUCAGCCCCAACUCUCAUUUUCAUGUCCUCACUCGAAAUAACAGUGAAGGAAAGAAAUACCCAGAGUUGGUGCAGGACAGAGGGCUGGACAGAGAGGAGCAGGAAGAACUGAGCUUAACCCUCACGGCAGUGGAUGGAGGGUCUCCUCCUAGGUCAGGUACAACCAUGGUUCGAAUCCUGAUCCUGGACAUCAAUGACAACGCUCCUGAAUUUGUGAACACUCCCUAUGAGGUGCAGGUCCUGGAGAGCAGUCCCCCAGACUCCCCAAUCCUGACUGUCUCAGCAAGAGAUGCAGAUGCUGGCAACUUUGGGAGACCCUACCUGCCUCUGCCAGAGGUGGCGCGCGACCCCACGCACGAUGAUGAAGAUGUGCUCACGCUGUACCUGGUCAUAGCCUUGGCAUCUGUGUCUUCGCUCUUCCUCCUUUCUGUGCUGCUGUUUGUGGGAGUGAGGCUGUGCAGGAGGGCCAGGGCGGCCCCUCUGGGUGUCUGUUCUGUGCCUGAAGGACACUUUCCUGGCCACCUGGUGGAUAUCAGCGGUGAGGGGACUCUGUCCCAGAGCUACCAGUAUGAGGUGUGUCUGACAGGAGACUCUGGGACUGGUGAGUUCAAAUUCCUCAAACCCGUGAUCCCCAGUCUGUUGGUUCAGGACUCGGGGACGGACUGCUUCUCCCAGCCCUACCUGCCUCUGCCAGAGGUGGCGCGCGACCCCGCGCAGGAUGAUGAAGACCUGCUAACGCUGUACCUGGUCAUUGCCUUGGCGUCUGUGUCUUCACUCUUUCUCUUGUCUGUGCUGCUGUUCGUGGGGGUGAGGCUUUGCAGGAGGUCCAGGUCGGCCUCUCUGGGUGUCUGCUCUGUGCCUGAGGGACACGUUCCUGGCCACCUGGUGGAUAUCAACGGUGAGGGGACUCUAUCCCAGAGCUACCAGUAUGAGGUGUGUCUGACAGGGAACUCUGGGACUGGUGAGUUCAAAUUCCUCAAACCCGUGAUCCCCAGUCUGUUGGUUCAGAACGCUGGAGGAGAACUUGAGGAAAAUCUCCACUUCAGGGAUAGCUUUGUGUUUAGCUAAGUCAGCCGUACUCAACCUAUGGAUCAUGACCCCUUGGGAAAAGAAACACCCUUUCACCAAGGUCGCCUAAGACCAUCAGAAAACAGAGAUACUUACAGUUGCAAAAUUAUCCUUAUGAAGUAGCAAUGAAAAUAAUUUCAUUGUUGGGAGUCGCCAAAACAUGAGGAACUCUAUUAAAAGGUCGCAACAUUAGGAAAGUUGAGAACCACUGAGGUAAGGGAUGUAAAUUCCUAAGUAUUGUACAAUUCUUUUCCUUUACGUUAUCUUGUUUCUAUGAAGUUUUCCACAUAUCCACCUAUUUAUAUCCUUAUAGUGUUGAUUGAUUCUUUUUUAUUGAUAUUAAGGUAAUAGGCUUUUAGUUGUACUAAGCAUAUUUCAUAUUUUUCUUCACAUAUGAAUAUCUCUUGGUGAUUAAUACUCCCAUAUGCAUAAAUAAAUUUUCUUUGAAUGAAACUUGUGAUGAUAUUCUGAGACAUUUUACUGAUCUCAAGAAGGCUUGAAUUUGUGUGUAUAUUCUUGUCACCUGCUCUUUCCAUGUAAUUUCAUGUUUUCAAAGGCAGACUGUUUAAAAACUACUUAUGCUGCCUGGAUCUUUCUGUGUGACUGAAAAGCAGCAUUAUGUCGUGUUCACUACCAGGCUAAAUGCCCUGAAUAGCCAAGUUAUAAAAUUUAAAGUGUAUAUGAAUAUACAAAAUUCAUGACAAUGCUCUCAUCUUGCAUGCUAGUGAUUCUAUUGAUUUGAAGUGUUCUGUAGUGUGGUUAAAGUUUUGAAAUCUUAUUUGACA